CAUUUCUGCUCGUCUAUAGCUCUCUGCAACCCAUGACAAGGACCAGCAUGAAGUGGUUGAUACUUUCACUGAUGUGUAUUCAGCUCUCUGAAUGUCUCUACAGAAUGCGUUUACACAGGGGAAAGUCUAUCCGGGAAAUCCUGAAGGAGAACGGGGAGCUGAAGCAUUUCUUAGAAACGCACAGAUAUGAUCCUGCCUUGAAAUACAGAGCUUUGUACCCUGACUACCAAUCGCAGACAGGGAAUGAGCCACUUCUCAAUUCCAUGAAUAGUUUUUACUAUGGCUCCAUUACUGUGGGUACUCCACCCCAGAGUUUUACUGUCCUGUUUGACACUGGCUCAUCUAACCUUUGGGUCCCAUCCAUCUACUGCAACAGUGCACCAUGCGGGAAUCAUGCUCGAUUUAAUCCAACCCAGUCCUCAACUUUCACUACAAAUGGACAAACAUUCAGUUUCUCUUAUGGCUCCGGUAGCCUGUCUGGAUACUUUGGAUAUGAUACAGUAAAUGUUGCUGGCAUAUCAAUUUCAAAACAGGAGCUGGGUCUCAGUGAAAAUGAGCCAGGCAGUAAUUUUUAUUACGCUCCGUUUGAUGGAAUCCUCGGUCUGUCGUACCCAGCUCUCUCAGGAGGAGGGGCCAUGCCUGUGUUUGACAACAUGCUGAAAGAAAAUCUACUGGAAGAGCCUUUGUUCUCGGUCUACUUGAGCAGGUAUCCAAAUAGUCAAGAUGGAGGUGAAGUGCUAUUUGGAGGGAUUGACCAUGGUAUUUACUCAGGUCAGAUUCACUGGGCUCCUGUUAUUCAAGAACUAUACUGGAACAUUGCCAUUCAAGGUGUGCUUCUCAAUGGACAGCCUGCUUUCUGUUACCAAGGCUGCCAAGCUAUCGUUGACACUGGAACAUCACUAAUCACAGUUCCAAAUGAAUACUUAAAGGAAUUGUUGCAGGAAAUCGGUGCCUCAGACCAGAAUGGUGAGUUUGUUGUCAACUGUAACAAUAUCGCCAACAUGCCUUCUUUGACCUUUGCGAUCAAUGGAGCUGAGUUUACACUUCCACCAUCAGUAUACAUCCUUCAGAACAAUGGGUAUUGUACCGCUGGGUUUGAACCAACCUACCUCCCAGCCCCUACCCGAUAUGGACCGCUGUGGAUUCUGGGUGAUGUCUUCCUUGGGGCAUUCUAUUCUGUUUUUGACAGAGGGAACAACAGAAUAGGCUUCGCUCCAGUUGCCUAAGAAGCAUUUAUUCAAAUUCGGUUUGAUAUUUCAGCAUAUAAAGCAGGGGUCUUUUCAAACCAUUCAUUUCUCUUGUCCUUUGGCCUACUGUCUUUUUGGCACUGCUUUCAAUUUUGAUGAAAAUCAGCCAGCUUCUAUAAUAGACAGCAGAUCUGCAAUAAAGCUUUACAGCCAAGUAUCAAGGUGUAAGUCUAAACCAGUGAGUUUUACAAUAGAUGGAUGGCAAGAUUUUACUCAAGGUUAGUGGGGUUCCAUUGAGUUAUAUUUUUCUCAGUUUUUUUGUCAUUUAAUCACUCCUGCAUUCUUCUUUGUGAAAGACUUUCCCUUUUAUUCUCCCUUUUCCUGUACCUGUACUUGCUGAAAACCUGUUACAUAGAAUCCCUACAGUGCAGAUAGAGACCAUUCAGCCCAUCAUCUGCACUGACCCGCUAAAGGGCAUCCCACCCAGACCCAUAUCCCCACCAUAUCUCUGCAAUCCACAUUUAGUAUGGCUCAUGCAAAAACCCUGCACAUCUCUGGACUGUGAGAAGAAACCAGAUCACUUGGUGGAAACCCACACAGACAUGGGGAUAUCUUGCA